UGUUGAGCUCCGUUAUCUACAUGCUUCCCUUUGGACAUGGUCUCGCGCUUAACGUUAUUGAUCAUGUUGAAUGGAUCUAGUUAAUACCCGACGUCGACGGGGAGUGGAGUUAGGACAUAGUGGGAACAUAGCGUAAAGCCACGAUAAGACGGGGGAAGGAAUCUGGUAUAUAAGUGACUUUUAGAUUGCAACCCCUUGAUUUCUCUUUGAGAUCUCGCUCCUACUUUCCGUCCAAAGCUUCCGUAUUGCGGAGUCCAACGUUCCCCGCUGCACAGGCCCUACUCGCAAUACGUAUUACUAGACUUAGACGAUUGAACGCUAGACACUUCACGUGGUACAUAAUGGCACAGAUUCUUGAGUCACCACCCUUGAAUGGUUCGGUGCCCCCCCUUUAAUGCUUCAAAAAAGAAAAGCAGCAUGCUAAGAACCACAGGCAAGACAUUCACACGCACUCUACCCAACGAUACAUAUGCCUACAUCACGCCGCAGCCUAGCUCCAUGAGCUCGCGCUACGUCCUUAUUACCGGUGCGUCCGGCGUCCUCGGGCGUGCCAUGGCUGUUAGCUACGCAAAAGCAGGCGUCGCCGGCCUCGCUCUCAGCGGCCGCAACAUGAGCGCACUCAAGCAGACCGCGGACGCCGUGACAGCGCAAGGGAAAUGCGAACUUCUUCUCCUCACGGCAGAUACGACGUCUCAGACUGAUGUGGAGCGUAUGGCGGAGGAAGUCAAGGAGAAAUGGGGCAGGCUGGAUGUGCUAGUGAAUAACGCAGGCUUGAUGGAGACGCCGAGGAAGAUUGCGAAUAGCGAGCCAAGCGAGUGGUGGAAGACGUUUGAGGUAAAUGUGUUUGGUACGUUUCUGAUGUGUCGUUCGUUCGUGCCGCUCCUCCUCGCGCCGUCAGCGUCGAUGGGCCUCAAGACAAUUGUGCAGAUUUCGUCUGGGGCGGCGCAUGUCUUCACGCCGGGGGCUUCCGCGUACCAGAGUAGUAAGACAUGGCUUCUUCGUUUCAAUGACUUUCUUACCGCUGAAUAUGCAGAUGAAGGGCUGUUGGCGUACAGUGUGCAUCCGGGUGGUGUCGCUACCGAAGUGAGUAAAAAUCUGCCCGAAGAGACCAGGGGAAUAUUGAACUGCACACCUGAAUUAGCAGGGGACAGUGUAGUGUGGUUGAGUCGCGUCAGGAGGGACUGGUUGGCAGAUCGGUAUGUGUGUGUACAAUGGGACAUGGAGGAGUUUGAGAAGCGUAAGGAAGAGGUCGUCGAGCAAAACUUGUUCAGAGUUAGGCUAAGAGUGUAGAAUAUGUGGAUGCGUAUUCUUAUUCCCUGAAGACAGCUCUGCUGUAAUCUUGUAGUCGCUUUGUCGCUACAAUCCGGACAUGACCGAUAUCGCGCUACAAACUCAGUUGUAUUCGCGAUUCGUAUUAUGCGCGCUGGUGCACCACCAUUAUUGCCUUCACAUCUUGGCCCUUUCUUC